GAACCUCUCCUCAUCACACCACCACAGACUCUCUCUCUCAAAAUCACACUUUCUCUCUCUAAAAACGGUACAUCUCCCAACUCUUUCCAUAUCUAAUGGCUCGUACCAAACAAACAGCUCGCAAGUCCACCGGCGGCAAGGCCCCGAGGAAGCAACUGGCGACCAAGGCGGCCAGGAAAUCUGCUCCGGCGACAGGCGGAGUGAAGAAGCCCCACCGUUUCCGCCCUGGGACGGUGGCGCUCCGUGAGAUCAGGAAGUACCAGAAGAGCACCGAGCUCUUGAUCCGAAAGCUUCCUUUCCAGCGAUUGGUCCGUGAGAUCGCACAGGACUUCAAGACCGAUCUCCGUUUCCAGAGUAGCGCCGUCGCAGCCCUCCAGGAGGCGGCGGAGGCGUACCUGGUGGGGCUUUUCGAGGACACCAAUCUGUGCGCCAUUCAUGCCAAGAGGGUCACCAUCAUGCCCAAGGAUAUUCAGCUGGCCAGGAGGAUUCGCGGCGAGAGAGCUUAGGGCAAGCUGUGUUGGGUUAUGGGUUGUUUGUGUUUUGUAUUUGGGUUAGGGUUUAUUGGUAGUAUUGAUGUAUAUCUGUGGUGGGUUUUAUGGUUAAUGGGUUCUACUUUUGGGUUAGUGUUGAAACAUGAAUCAAUGCAAUGUUAGUGUUUGAAUUUUCAAUGAAAUAUUUCUUUUGUGACAUAA